AUGGCCUGCAGGAGAUUCGAGCCUGCAGGGCAGAGCAGCAGUGAGGAAGCCAAGAUACCAGUUUCACCUGACCCCCAAAGUUUAGCGUUUAUGGCGGUGGAUGAAUUUGAUGGUGAGCCUUUGGGAAGGUCUGAGAAUUCAGAUGAGCAUGAGCCCAAUGAGAGAUCACAUUCCAACCAAGAAUUCAACAACGUCUCAAAGAGACGUCCUGAGCAACAGCAAGGCCAUUUUGGCCCACAACAGGAGGAGCCGAGCUUGGAUGAGUCCAGGUUGUGCCUGAUUGACACAGCCUGCACAGCAUGCAUGCACUCCAGAGAAUGGCGUCUGGCAUAUCAGCAAAGUCUACCAGACGGCGAGACAUGCUCUCCAACGGCUUCCAAGAAGAUGUUUCACUUUGCUAAUGGGCAAAGUACAGGAGAAAAGGUCACAGUCUGGCGCAUUCCCAUUUUCUUCAAGGGGUACAAGGGCGAAGUCUUUUCAGCGGAGAUACCGUCUGGAAAGGCACCACUUCUGCUUUCUAUUUCAGCCAUGACAGCUUUAGACAUGGUGGUGAUGAUGAAGGAGCGAAAGGUGCAAAUCAAGCAGUUGCAGAUUGAAGUCCCGUUGGUCACCAGCACCAACCAUCUAGGCAUCGACAUUGCCUAUGAUCAAGCGGCAGGCAUCAGCACAGGCCCAAUUUCCGAGCUGGGCGAGCCUAGAUGCAGUUCAGAACGGGAGGACUUGUUGGUUUAUUUGGCUGAGGAAGGCAGUUUUUCUUUGCUUGAGGGUGUCCCUGAGAUUCCAUGCCCAGAGUAUGCUGGUCAUGGGAAGAGACGAUGUGCGCCAGGGAGCACAAGAGGCCGCUUCUUGGUCACGCGCAUUGCAGCUAGUGAAUUUGGCUGGACAAAUUCCCAGCCCAUGGACAUUUUGGAUGGCUACGACCUUUUGAGCCAAGCAGGUGAAGCUAUCCUCUGGAGUGUGCUGACGCAGCAGCAGCCUUACCUGGUCGUCAUAGCUUUUGACUGCAAAAUUUGGUCGUUGCUAACCAACAUGAACCCAGAAGUGGAUUGGCAGCAAUUGAGACAGGUUUUUGGAAGAAAGACAUUAAAGCUGAUCAAGAAGAUUGCCAAGUACCAGCACAGCCACAACCGCAACUACUUGAUAGAAAACCCUGCCGGGUCCUUAGCUUGGUUGUUCGAAGGCAUUCUAGCAGCUUUGAUAGAGGAGGCUGAUGCCAAAUAUGCAAUAGGAGAUCAAUGCGCGUUUGGGAAGAAAGACCCUGUUUCUGGGAAGUCAGUGAAGAAGCCAACAGGUUGGCUCAGCAACAACCAGCAUGUGCUCAACAAGAUCUGCCGAAGAUGCCAGUGUCUUUGGGGAACCCAUCAGCCAGUUCUAGGUAGCAACUCCUUUGGGCAAAGGUCAAAGCAGGCAGCAGCUUACCCGCCUGCUCUGUGCCGGGCCAUCUGCCGCGGCAUCUUAGACUCCAUGAUCUCUGACUAUGUGGCCCACAUGUCCAAUUUUUGUGAUAGGGCUUUUGCAGCAGAAAAUUUAGACAGCGAUCAGGAGACCGAAAUCAUGCCUUUUUCAGACGACGAUGCCCAAAGUUCCAUCGUCCCAUCUCCAUCAAUAGCUCGAGACAAAGGGGAGGUUGAUGAGAUGAAAGCAGACUUUUGGAAAGUCGAGGAGGAUCAGUUGAUCCGAGUUCACAUAGUGCCCAGGGUUCAGCUUUUUAUCCCACUUGCAACAGAUGAGACACUGCCGGUAGAUUUUUGUAGGAUUUCCACGGAGCGUUUUCCACCAUCCACGGAGUUGAUGGGACAGUCCAGCGACAUGAGGAUGACUGGACAAACAGAGGAGAAGAGAUCACCGGCUCAGAAUGGACCGGUGAAACUCGGUUCAAGCUGCUUUCAGAGGUUGAAGCCGCUGCAAGAGAAAGCAAAAGGAAAGAGCGAGGAGAGAAAGCAGAGGAUGGUAGAGUUUUGA